AUGUCAUGUCCACAUAAAUGUAGUAAUCCUGCUUGUGAACUACGAGGUAAUAUAAAUAUUGAUCCAGAUGUACUAGGAGAUAAGUUUCUUCAAUUAGUAGGACUUAAACAUAAGAUGGAUAAUGCAGAAAAUUUUCAAGACCUACUAAAAUAUUCAAAUGAAAUAUCUAAACUUCAAUCAAGUAUGAGUGUUGAAGAAAGAAUAGGAAUUUAUGCAUUAAGAUAUUUUAUGGAUGAAAUGUAUGGAGAUUCAGAAGGUGAUGAUGAUGAAGAUGAUGAUGAGGAUUUUCCUGAUGAAGAAGAUGGUUAUGAAUAUGAAUGGGCAUAUGUUGGUGGAGGAGAUGAUGAAGAGAAAGUUGAAGAAGAAUCAGCGUUUGGACUUGUUCAGAGACUUUUACUCGGUAGACAAUAA